AUUAUAUUUAUAUUAAAAAAGCAGAGGUAUGAGGAUCAGAGCGAGAGGAGCAGCGACAAGGGAAGCCAACGGCACCAGACAGCGGCAGGGGAACAGGCGGUGGAUUCCGGGAUUAGAUCACAGGCUUAUAAAACAGACUAAGACAUUUUUCUUUUACAAUUUUCCAGAAAAUUGUGAGGAGAAAGAGUUAUGGUUCAGCUUUCAGAGAUGUGGAAAAGUGCUAGAUGUGUAUGUACCAAAGAAGCGUGACAAGUGGGGGAAGAGAUUUGGCUUUCUACGCAUGUUAGGGGUGCAGAACGAUAAUCAGAUGGUGAGGAGACUUAAUGAUAUCUGGUUUGGUUCUUACAAAUUGCGAGUGAAGAUAGCAGAGGAACGAAGUAACGUAAAUGUUAAAGAUAAAGUUAUGGGAGACAGAAAACAGCAUAGAGAAGAUAGGAGGGUACAACCAGGACAGUCAUAUGCUCAAGUGGUGAAGGGAAAGACUCAGAGUUUCCAAUGCUUGCCGGACCGUACAGGAUCGCUGGAAGGGGAAGACAGGGGCAUCAUCCAAAUGGAAAAAGAAUCAGGUUUAGCGAGGCAUCAAAACAGGAAGGAGGAAGUGGCAUCAUGUGACACACUAGCUGGUAAAAAAUGUAUGACGGAGAAUAGAAUGGGGGAACCUCAAAAAGAAAUAAUGGAAUUCACACCGGAGCAGGAAGAGAACCAGUGGCUUGAAGGGGGCUUAGUGGCGGUCGUGAAAUCACUAUCAAUAGUAAAAGAUGUGCAGCAGAGAAUUGAUGUAGAUGGUGGGUUGAUCACGAUCUCACCAUUAGGGGGAAGGAGGGUAUUAUUAUCUGAACAUGAACCGGGUUCUUUGCUUGAAUUUAUGAACCAUAAUAAGGAAUUAUGUGCCUUGUGGUUUGAAGAUAUACAAUCAUGGGAUAAGCAAGUGCAGGAUAGAAGCAGAAUGGCAUGGCUACGCAUUAACGGUAUCCCUUUGAAGGCCUGGAGCGAUAGAUGUUUCAAGAUGAUCGGAGAAUCAGUGGGAGAGGUGGUGAAGAUUCAUGAGGAUACAUCAUCAAAAUCAAUUCUUUGUGAUGGGAGAAUUUUAGUCAUAUGUCUUGCGGAGCAGAAGAUCUCUAAACAGAUUGCUCUGAAAGUAGAAGGAAAAUGGUAUGAGAUACAAGUGGUGGAGGAAGAAUGGCGCUCCGACCCAGAUUGGUGGCUGUCGGACGUUGACCGGCGGAGUAUGUCAGUAACGGAUUCGGAGUUUUCCUCAGAGCAGAGUGAUGAGAAAGAUCAGGAAUGGAUCAAUCUCGAUAUUUGCGGCGAAGAAGACGUUAGCAUUGAUGAAGAGCAAUUAAUGAAGGAAAAUCUCUGCAUUGCAAAUUCAAAUUUGAAAAAUACAGUGGAAGAAAUGGAAAGUGAGCAUACAGAGGUUAAUAAUCAAGGAGGAAAGACAAGAAAUGGAAAGAAAGGGCCCAUUGUGGCUUUAGAAAAGGUUAAUUCUACAAUCCGUGAACUGGAAUGUAAGGAAACAGGGGGCAGACGGCAAAGACGGGUAGAAGACUACUAUCCAGAAAAGGGCACGAAGCUUCGGACAACAAAGUCGCAGGGGGCAAAAUCGAGUACAAAGCAGCAACAGAGAGGGAGAGCAGAUCCGAUACUGGGUGCGGAGAGCCAGGUAAAUAUGCUUGGUAGCUGUUCUAUUUCUGAUGGAUGUAUAGAAUAUAGAAACAACUUAAUCCGAAAGGAGCUGACAUUACAUGAGGGUGGAAGCAGGGGAACAAAAGGGGAAGCGGGAUUAAUGGGUAGGAGGAAGGAAGUAGGUAAAUUGGUGAGAGUGGAACAACCGGACUUUCUAUUGCUGCAAGAAACUAAGUUAGAAAAGGUGGAGGACAAUUUGUGUAGGAUGAUGUGGGAUUCGAGAGAAUUUGGAUGGGUAAUGAAGGAAUCAAUAGGAGCUUCAGGAGGAUUAUUGUGUUUCUGGAAUAAGGCGAAUUUCAUUAAGACAGGAAACUCCACGGGAGAUGGGUAUUUGAGAAUAUCAGGGGAGUGGGGAAUACAUAAGAUGAAGUAUAAUCUAGUGAAUGUUUACGGUCCAAAUGAUAGACAGAAACGGUUAAAGAUAUGGGAUGAGUUAAGGACCAUGAUUACAGAAGAGGGAGGACGGUGGCUGAUUGCGGGAGAUUUCAAUGCUGUUAGAUGCCUUGAGGAAAGAAGGGGAAGAACAGGGGAGACCCCAGAUAUGAAGGAUUUUGAUGGAUUUAUUCAAUCAGCAGGAUUAAUAGAUAUUAAUAUGGCUAAUAGGCGUUUCACAUGGUAUAAAUCGGAUGGCACAGCCAUGAGCAGACUGGAUAGAGUGUUGAUGAAUGCAGAGAUGUACAGUAUGAGUGCAGAGUGGGUGCAACAAGGCUUGAAAAGAAAUAUUUCUGAUCACUGUGCGAUUGUGUUGAAAACAAGAAUAGUGGAUUGGGGACCAAGGCCAUUUCGAGUUCUGGAUGCUUGGCAACUACAUCCGAAUUUUAAGAAGAUUAUCAAGGAGAAGUGGAGCGCAAUGGAGGUCGAUGGAUUUGCAGGGUAUAAAUGUAAACAGAAACUAAAGAAGCUGAAAGAGUUUUUAAAGGGUUGGAACCGAGAUGUGUUUGGGGAUAUGGAAGCUCAAUACGAUCAGGCGGUUAAAAAGGUUGAGCAUGUUGAUUUGAAAAAUGAAGAUUUUGUUUUGGAUGAAUUUGAGAUUCUUCAUAGACAAGAAGGAUUUCAAAAUAUGUGGGAUAUUUUGAGGAAGAGAGAAGUGAUUUGGAGACAGAAGUCAAGAAGCAAUUGGGUAUGUGAGGGAGAUGCAAACACGCGAUUCUUUCAUAGAAUAGCAAAUGGGAGAAAGGCCCAAAAUCUUAUCUCAGGCCUAUGGUGUGAUGGUGUUUGGGUGGAAGAUCCAAUACAAGUUAAGAAGGAGGUGGUUAAUUAUUUUAGCAAACUUUAUCAAGGAGAUUUGUGGAAUAGACCAAAGCCUCAAGGGAUUAACUUCAAGCAGAUUUCUACAGAGGACAAACAGUGGCUUGAACGACCAUUCUCCAUCGAGGAAAUUGAAGAAGGAUUGCGAAGCUGUGAAGGUUCUAAAGCUCCGGGCCCAGACGGGUACAAUUUUUCUUUUCUCAAGUUCGCAUGGAAUAGUUUAAAGGAGAAUUUUAUGAGCUUCUUUAAAGAUUUUCAUAGGAAUGGUAGAUUGGUUAGUGGUUUGAACUCAUCUUUUCUAACUUUAAUUCCUAAAAAGCUUAACACUGGGAAUUUAAAGGAUUAUAGACCUAUUAGCUUGAUCGGAUGUAUGUAUAAGCUGUUAUCAAAGGUGUUGGCUAAUAGACUUAAAGCUGUUCUGCCGGCGAUUAUCAGUGAAACUCAAUCAGCUUUCUUGGGAGGACGUCAAUUAGUUGAUGGCGUAUUGGUGUUGAACGAGGUGGUGGAGGAAGUUAAGAGAAGGAAAUAGUCGACAUUUAUCUUUAAGGCUGAUUUUGCAAAGGCAUAUGAUUGCGUGGAUUGGACAUUCUUGGAAUGGAUGAUGGACAGAUUGGGGUUUGGAAUCAAGUGGAGAGGUUGGA